GCAGCUCCGGGGCCGCGGGGGGUCGGGCGGCGCAGCGCAGCGGGGUUGAGCCGGGCUCGAGAAGGCCCGGGCCGGCGGCUCGUGUGACUGGGCGGCCCGGGCUGGGCCCGCCGCGCUCCGACUCGCAGCGCGGGACAAAGGGCCGCGCCGGAGCCCGGGCAGAGGCAAAAAGGUGGGAGCAGAAGCCAUGUGUGCAAAGAACAGAUCCCCUCUAGACAUCUAGAGCAUCUGUCCUCCUGGGAGUGGACUCCCAAGGGUGGUGAAGGGAGAAGCAACUGCAUAGAGAUCCUGUUUGCCCUCCUCUCUGGGGCUGUAUUGACUGAGAAUGGACCCCGUGGCUCGGCCGAGUGGGGAUAUCAUGAGGCGGAAUCCACAGCAGGAUUAUGAGCUCAUCCAGAGGGUGGGGAGUGGCACAUAUGGAGAUGUCUAUAAGGCCAGAAAUCUUCAUACAGGAGAGUUGGCUGCUGUAAAAAUUAUCAAGUUAGAGCCAGGAGAUGAUUUUUCAUUGAUACAGCAAGAAAUCUAUAUGGUUAAAGAAUGUAAACACUGCAACAUUGUAGCCUACUUUGGAAGCUAUCUCAACCGUGAAAAGCUGUGGAUCUGCAUGGAAUACUGUGGAGGUGGAUCACUUCAAGACAUUUACCAUGUAACAGGACCACUGUCAGAGCUACAAAUUGCAUACGUAUGCAGAGAAACUUUACAGGGUCUUGCUUAUUUGCACAUGAAGGGCAAAAUGCACAGAGAUAUUAAGGGUGCAAAUAUUCUGCUAACAGACCAUGGAGAUAUAAAAUUAGCUGACUUUGGUGUAGCAGCAAAAAUAACAGCCACCAUUGCGAAGAGAAAAUCUUUUAUUGGUACCCCUUACUGGAUGGCCCCAGAAGUUGCAGCAGUGGAAAAGAAUGGCGGUUACAACCAACUCUGUGAUAUCUGGGCAGUUGGCAUAACAGCAAUCGAACUUGGAGAACUUCAGCCACCUAUGUUUGACCUUCAUCCAAUGAGGGCUUUGUUUUUAAUGUCUAAAAGUAACUUUCAACCUCCAAAGCUCAAGGAAAAAGCAAAAUGGUCAUCAACAUUCCAUAAUUUUGUCAAAAUAGCACUUACAAAAAAUCCAAAGAAGAGACCAACUGCAGAAAGACUCCUUACUCAUAGUUUUGUAGGACAACCCGGUCUCUCGAGAUCUCUAGCAGUUGAGCUGUUGGACAAAGUAAAUAAUCCUGAAAACCAUACACAUUACGGUGAAACGGAUGACGAUGAUUUUGAGCCUCACUCUGUUAUUCGCCACACCAUUCGCUCUACAAACAGGAAUGCUAGAGCGGAAAGAACAGCAUCAGAGAUAAAUUUUGACAAGCUGCAAUUUGAGCCUCCCUUACGGAAGGAAACAGAAGCUCGGGAUGAAAUGAUUGUGGCAGCAGGCACAGACUUUGCUUCCCACUGGAAUCCUUUUGUUGAUGGCGGAAACAGCAGCAAGUCAACCCUAAAGCGAGCAGGGCCACCACCACUACCUCCUAAGCCAAGGAUAAACAAUUACCCUGAGGAAAGCCUUGCGGAUGAUGAGAAGUCUCAGACAAUAAAACACUUUCCAGAUUCACAGUGUAGAGCGCCGCCAGCUCAUAGGAGACAGAGCAUUCCAACAUGUGGACCUCAAGCUGAGCCGUCCCCCAUUGGUAUGACUAGCAGUCUCAGCAGCCCUGGACUGCUUACAGCUAGAUACAGUGACUUGGGAAAUGGGGAUAGUAUGCUGAAACUCACUGAGGAGAAUGCAGAAGGUUCUGACCAGGUCCCCCAGCUGCCACGUAAAAAAGACAAAAGAGACUUUCCAAAGCCAGCGAUCAAUGGUCUACCGCCGACGCCAAAGGUGCUGAUGGGAGCAUGUUUUUCAAAAGUUUUUGAUGGUUGCCCUUUGAAGAUUAACUGUGCAACAUCAUGGAUACAUCCUGAUACUAAAGAUCAGUAUAUUAUCUUUGGAACUGAAGAUGGUAUUUAUACGUUGAAUCUGAAUGAACUUCACGAAGCAACAAUGGAACAGUUAUUUCCCCGAAAGUGUAGCUGGCUGUAUGUUAUCAAUAAUACUUUAAUGUCGUUGUCAGAAGGAAAAACGUUCCAGCUCUACUCCCAUAACCUAAUAGCUUUGUUUGAACAAGCCAAAAAAACAGGAUUUGCUGCUCAUAUGCAGACUCAUAGGUUCCCUGACAAAAUAUUACCAAGGAAGUUUGCCUUAACAACAAAGAUUCCUGAUACAAAAGGAUGCCACAAAUGCUGCAUAGUAAGAAAUCCAUACACAGGACAUAAAUACCUUUGUGGAGCAUUGCAGUCUGGAAUUGUUUUACUUCAGUGGUAUGAACCAAUGCAGAAAUUCAUGUUAAUAAAGCACUUUGAUUUUCCUUUGCCAACCCCUCUGAAUGUGUUUGAAAUGCUAGUGAUACCAGAGCAGGAAUACCCCAUGGUUUGUGUGGCUAUCAGUAAGGGCACAGAACCAAAUCAAGUAGUUCAGUUUGAGACAAUCAACUUGAACUCUGCUUCUUCAUGGUUUACAGAAAUUGGUGCAGGCAAUCAGCAGUUAGAUGCCAUUCAUGUAACACAGCUGGAAAGAGACACCGUUCUAGUCUGCUUGGACAAAUUUGUGAAAAUUGUGAAUUUACAAGGGAAGCUGAAAUCGAGCAAGAAGCUGGCCUCUGAGCUAAGUUUUGAUUUCUGCAUUGAAUCUGUAGUGUGCCUUCAAGACAGUGUGCUGGCUUUCUGGAAACAUGGCAUGCAGGGCAAAAGCUUUAAGUCAGAUGAAGUUACCCAAGAGAUUUCGGAUGAAACCAGGGUUUUCCGCUUGUUGGGAUCAGACAGGGUUGUAGUGUUAGAAAGUAGGCCGACAGAAAACCCGACUGCACACAGCAAUCUCUACAUCUUGGCUGGACAUGAAAAUAGUUACUAAGCAACAGUAACCCAAUGCAAAUAACAAGAGAAUGAAUCCAUCACAUAAGGAAAAAAGAACCAUUAAGGAAACUCAAAUACAAGCUGGACUGUAACUUACGUUUUCUCUUCUUGAUAUCUUAAUUAUCUGGUUUGUAGGGUAGAAAUCAAUAUUGUACUUUUCACAGCUGGAAACGGCUAGUUCUGUCUCUUGCCACUGUGUGGCUGGUUAUAUCACGUUUGCUUAAUAAAAGCUAUCAGAUAAAUAGUCCUUUAUUUGUUAAUCCUAGGGAAACACAGCCUUUAAAAAAAAAUGCAAUAAAGGUGCCAUAAAAAGUUAGGUAUUUACUUCCUCUGGGUUGUCCUUGUAUCCUGUAGAUAUAAAUAUAGUGCCGGCCAGUCCCUCUUUAUACCGAGUCUUAUUCUUAAUAAAGAUGAUUUGCGUAGGAAGUGAAAGGAUCAGCAAUGCCAUUCUGUAUGGCUUUGUAAAAUAGACUAUUUAAUCUUUAUUUAUUAAUCUGCUGCUAGAGUGGUGUAAUGUAUCUAACUUUUAGCAAAAGAAGGUUGCAGAGCAGCUUAGCAUUUUUUACAAUUGUAUAAAGAUUUGAUGAUUCUUGGUCCUUGUAGAGAUGUAGUGCAUUGUUGAAGGGGGUUAUAGUACAAUGUUGGUGGUUCCUGUAUAAAUGCAAUUUUGUACAACGAAGUAUUUUGUAUUCAUUUUGCCUACAGAGUUGCCAUAAAAGGGAGUUUCAUAUUUACUGAAAUAAUAGGUGUAGAGUAUAUACAAAAUGUAAUAUUGACACCUGAAACGUUCUUAGCGGGUGGGUGUGUACAGUAUAUGUGUGAGUGAGUGUGUGUGUGUGUGUGUCAUUGACAGGCAGUGUAUAUGUAAAAUAGACAUGCUUUAUUUUCAUAAAUUAGGGAUAACCUGUGUGAAAUUAAACGGAAGGGUAAGUGGAUUGUGCCUGGUCAUCCUUAAGGAAUGAAAAUAACGUAUCCAACUGCCCACAACAUGUAUUUUAUUUAUACUAUUCCAGAGGGGAGCUUGUAGGGCAACUAUGCUUAUAAGCUUUUUGUAUGUAUAGUUGCUCACCUUGUUGUUUGUCAGACUGUCAUUUAGUGAUGGUUGUUUCCCAGCUGUAUAGUAUAAAUAUCUAUGAUAAGAAGCAGUAUUCUAUAAUAAAGCUUUGGGUCACGUCUCCUUUUACCCCUUCCCCCCUUUUUAGUUUGUCAUCCAUACUUUAUCACCUUAUUCCUCCAUUAAAGAGUCACAUUGCUUCCUA